ACAUGACCUAUCCAGUAUAAAAUUUUAUCUGAUUAUCUGUUGUUUAAGAGCAAGCUCUUCCCCUUGAAAUGGUACCGUAAACCCAAGCUUGACUCUGCACCACUCCACCCAUGAAAGACAAAACCACCCUCACCACACCACUCUACACCACUCCACCCAUGUUUUUCUGAACCCACUUAUUUCUUUCAUGAUGGCCGUUCGAGCAGUGACCUCCUGCUCCCUCUUCCGCCCUUCCUCUCCGCCCCUCUUUUCCUCCGCCCUCCGUUUCUUCCCCUAUCGCUCCCGCGGCCCCCCUUCCCUCUCUCUCCGCUAUGGGGCCCACACCCAGACGCGCUCCGUCCAAAGCCUCUUCAACAGCCUCAUGGAGGAGCUUCGAGCCGCGCGCAAACGCCGCCAGAAGCGCGUCUCCGCCGCCGCUUCCAACCGCAUGGGAUUGUUGAAUGAAGAGCUUGCUGAAGAUAGACUUGUGAACCAUUCAUUGCAAAAAGGGUUGCUUUUGGAAUUCAAGAAGGAUUCUGAUAGAGUAUUGCUAGCAGUUGCUCAGAGACCUGAUGGCAAGAAGAACUGGAUGGUUUCUGAUCAGAAUGGUUUCACUUCUUCCAUCAAACCGCAGCAAGUGACAUAUAUUGUUCCUGGUAUUGACAAUUUUGACCAAGCAGAUAUUGCAGAUUUUGCUCAGAAGGCUCAGGAUAAUAUGGACCCAUCACUACUUGAAUUUGCUUGGGUAGAGCUCCUUGAAAAGAAUAAGUCUGUUACAGUUGAAGAGUUGGCUGAGAUAAUUUUUGGCAGUACUGAGGCCCUUGAGAGCUAUUCUGCGCAUCUCUUGCUAUCAAAAGACGAAGUAUACUUUACUGUACUGGAGACUAAAGGAUUUCGUUCCGUUUAUGGCCCUCGACCAAGUGGGCAGGUUGAGGAGCUUAUUCAUCAGAAGCUUGCAAAGGAGGCUGUUGAGAAAGAAUUUCAGGAGUUUAUUGAAUUACUGGCCUCUGUGAAGUCAAUGUCUUCACAAGACAAACCUCCAAAACAUUCAUGGACGAAGGAUGAGAGAAUUUGGAGCAGAAUUGAGUCACUUGAAGCAUAUGCUAUUGAUGCAUGUAAAAAUGACGAACAAAGGAAAACGGCUGGGAUGCAGGUACUUAAAGAAAUGGGUUUGGCAAAAACAGCAUCUUCAGCUGUAAAACUUCUGAUAGAUAUUGGAUAUUUUCCUGUACAUAUCAAUCUUGAUCUGUUGAAGUUGGGAAUUCCCACUGAUCAUUCAGAUGAAAUCAUAUCGGCUGCUCAAAGUCUUUUAUUGGACUCAUCUGAUCCAGACGAGAUUGAUAGGAAGAAUCUUACCGAUUUAAAGGUCUAUGCCAUUGAUGUUGAUGAGGCUGAUGAGCUUGAUGAUGCUUUGAGUGCAACAAAGUUGCAAGAUGGUCGGAUUAAAGUGUGGAUACAUGUUGCAGAUCCAACUAGAUAUGUUCAACCUGGAAGUAUUGUGGACAGGGAGGCUAUGAGAAGAGGAACUUCUGUUUUCUUGCCCACUGCUACAUAUUCUAUGUUUCCAGAAAAUCUUGCCAUGGGGGGCAUGAGUUUGAGACAAGGAGAGCUUUGUAAUGCAGUUACUGUAUCAGUUGUGCUGCAUAAUGAUGGCAGCAUUGCAGAAUAUUCAGUGUUUAACUCAGUGAUUAAACCAACAUACAUGCUUACAUAUGAGAGUGCAUCUGAGCUACUCCAUUUGAACCUUCAGGAGGAGGGUGAACUCAGAAUUUUGUCUGAGGCUGCAAACCUUCGUUCAAAUUGGCGCCGUCAGCAGGGCGCGAUUGAGACAGCAACAUUAGAUACUCGCAUUAAAGUGUCUAAUCCAGAGGAUCCAGAGCCAUCAAUGAAACUUUAUGUGGAAAACCAGGCAGACCCUGCAAUGCGAUUAGUCUCUGAGAUGAUGAUACUUUGCGGUGAAGCUGUUGCCACAUUUGGAUCUCGGAAUGACAUUCCUUUACCAUACAGGGGACAGCCCCAAUCAGAUAUGAAUGUUUCUGAAUUUUCCCAUCUCCCAGAAGGACCUGUUAGGAGCUUUGCACUGGUCAGAGUAAUGCGUGCUGCUGAAAUCGAUUUCAGGAAGCCAGCACGCCAUGGUGUUUUGGGGAUUCCUGGUUACGUUCAGUUUACAUCCCCCAUCCGUAGAUAUUUGGAUCUUCUUGCUCAUUAUCAGGUAAAGGCAUUCCUUAGAGGCAAGCCUCCACCCUUUACAGCUGGUAAGCUUGAAGGGAUAGCAGCUGUUGUAAAUGAGAAUGUUAGAACAGUGAGGAAACUCUGCAGCAGCAGUCUUCGGUACUGGAUAUUAGAAUAUUUACGAAGACAACCAAAAGAGAGAACAUAUCGUGCAUUGGUCCUUAGAUUUUUGAAAGAUCGAAUUGCAGCUCUAUUGUUGCUUGAGGUUGGAUUUCAAGCUUCUGCCUGGAUCCCUGUAGGAAUGCAGAUAGGGGAUGAAGUAGAAGUUAAGGUGGAAGAAGCACAUCCACGUGAUGAUAUUCUAUUUCUGAAGGAGGUUGUAAAAGAGUGAUGAGCUAAGAUAGGAUUUUGAAUAGGCUUUAUCAUUGUUCAACGAUUUAUUCAAUAGGGUAAACAUCUUUCCGCAUCCCAAAUCCACUCAAUUUGGCUGGUAGGAUGCAGCCUCCUUCCUGGUCUAUUGCAUGGAAGAGAGAUCACACUUUCACUGGCAGAAUUUCAUCAUUUGAAACAUUGUUAAGUGGUUCAAAUCAAAUCUUGAAGUGUCAUUUCUAGCAGAGAAGUUCAUGGAUGUAAUAGCCAACAAGUGUACAGUCCUUCAAACAUUUUCUCCAACCAUAGUCACAUGAGGUCUAUCGGUUUUGUUCCUCACUUGAGCAAGUAAUUUUGCCCAUUCACCUGAUUUGGUGUAGUAGUAGUAGUAUAUGGUUGGCCUUACAAUUCAUAUGAAGAUCUAAGUGAGCUUUCAUUGUAAUAUCACAUUCUUCGUGCAAUAACAUCCGAAAAUCUAGAGUUUCAGUACUGCGGGUGAUUACGCGGAAGAGACAUUUUUACAUGAUAUACGCUUACACCCAGUUUCCCAUAUACCACUAUAAUUGAUCAUGAA